AUGCCUUCCGACCUCCGACGACACUCCCUCCGCUCCUCCACCGGCCCCAAUGGCGGCGCCCACUCUCCCCUCUUGUCCGGCGACAAGCAAGCCGGCUACGAGCAGGCCACAUCGCCUACACUGACCACCCGACGGUCAACACGCUUUCAUGAGCGAGAUCCGGAGGAGAUGGCGAAAGCCGCGACGCGAAAGCGGUACACAUACGCUGCCUGCUUCUUAGCAGUCAGUCUCGUGUCCUUUGCGGUGCAGACGGAGACGGCGGUGUAUAUCCAGCAUAAUUUGCGUUGGAAUAAGGCGUAUUGCAUGCUAUACUUCACGCACGGCUCCUGGGCCGUACUUUGGCCAACUCAACUAUUAAUACUCCGGCUACAGAAGUGGCACCAACCCUGGCCAGCUUUCUGGAGACGUCACGUUCAGCUCAUCCGCCAAACCGCUCAGAUGAUCGAACAUCGAUCUUUGGAACUUUCGCCAGUCCAACAAAAGAAAAGCCCAUUGCCAUAUUUCAUCCGCACGACCGCGUUCGUAACCUGCGCCCUCACCAUCGCAGGCGGAAGCUGGUACGUCGCCGUCGACCUAACCACCGCCUCCGACCUAACAGCCAUCUACAACUGCUCCGCCUUCUUCGCCUACGCCUUCGCCGUCCCCAUGCUGGGCGAGAAGCUCAAACUCUCCAAAAUCAUCGCCGUCGGCGUCGCCAUCGUAGGAGUACUGGUGGUAGCCUACGGCGACACCGGCACCCCGAAACACGGUUCCAAAUCCGGCUCCGGCACCGGCGGCAUCCACGCCCCGGACGACGAGGAAGCGUCCAACCGCACGCUCGGCAACAUCGUGAUAGGCGUCGGGUCGGUGUUGUACGGUUUCUACGAAGUCCUCUACAAACGCGUCGCCUGCCCGCCCGAAGGCUGUUCGCCCGGUCGCGGGAUGGUGUUCGCCAACACUUUCGGAAGUCUGAUUGGAUGUUUCACCCUCCUCGUUUUGUGGAUCCCGCUCCCCAUCCUGCAUUUCACCGGGUUGGAGCGGUUCGAACUCCCGCGGGGCGAAGCGGCGUGGAUGUUAUGCAUCUCUGUCCUGGCGAAUGCGGUGUUUUCGGGCAGUUUCUUGGUUCUGAUUAGUUUGACGAGUCCCGUGUUGAGUAGUGUGGCGGCGUUGUUGACGAUUUUCUUGGUGGCGCUGUGUGAUCAGGUUUUGCCGCCGCCGCUUUAUAGUCCGUUGACGGGCGCGGCGAUUGCAGGGGGUGUGCUUAUCAUUGCAGCGUUCAUGCUCCUGAGCUGGGCGACGUACAAAGAAGUUGGUGAGGAGCAGAAGAAGCACGCGGAGGAAGUUGUUGUUGACGAUGACGAGGAUGAGGACGACUUUUAG